GCGAGGAGAUUUUUUACGCUGCGGAAUACCUAACACACUUUGCUUACUAAUUCAAACAAAAUUAUGUUGCCUCGUAUUAAUUUCUUACUUUUUCAAUGUAGCGUUAUUCAGAAAAUUAUCUUUUUAUUUGUAUUUGCUAUACGGGCACAGAAUACUAAUUUUCGAUCAUCAACCUUUGUACGAGUUCCUGAAACCGACGACAGGGAACCAACAGAGGGAAUUCUACAAGACCGCGUGAGUGGCGUAAGUUUAGGAGAAUGUGGCGUGUCGUGCUUGUCAAACGACCAGUGCUUUUCGUUUUUCCAUAACCCAACACAAGAAAGGUGUAUCUUAUCAUCAAUCCUGUAUAACUCGUCAUUUCGUGUGACAUUGGGAUUUUCGCAGUUUUUCACAAAAGAAUGUAUUCAUUCAAAAGCUGGAUGGGAUUACCUUGGAAACCGCCGCACUACAAAAUAUGGACUAGAGUGCCAACAAUGGGACCAGCAGAGCCCUCACACCCAUACUUACCAAAGCCUGGGGAACCAGGAGAACUUCUGUAGAAAUCUAGCCAAUGAUAAAGAGGAGGAGGCCGGUCCCUGGUGUUACACCCUUAACCCAGACAUCCGGUGGCAAACCUGUGGUAUUCCUUUGUGCUAUGAUUUUUCAAGAAACUGCAAGAAAAAGGCAAACGGAGUGGAUUACUAUGGGAGAACCAAUGUGACCAAAUCAGGGAGUCCCUGCAACUAUUGGGCGGAUACCUCCCAACAAAACCACACCUACACGUUUCUGGACGACCAGUUCAACUACUGUAGAAACCCAUUUGGUGAUGACAAAAAGCCAUGGUGUUAUUCCGGUUCAACCUGGGAUUACUGUGACAUACCGAUGUGUAAUUGAUAACACGUUACUUGUAAUUUGUUGUAUUUUUCUAACAGGAUGAGUGAAACUUUCAUCGAUUAAAUG